UUCUAAUUACAAUGGAAAUGGGCCGGAUCCCUGGCACAGUCUCUCUCUUUCACCUACAGCCGAAAACAUUACCCAGUCUGUUUCUCUAUGUAAAUUUUCAAAAUCUAUAAAGUACAGCCCACCUGCCUCCGCUAUUCAGCCCCCAGGCCCGUUCUUCGUGGAGAGACUGCGACAUGCCUUGCAUAUUUAAUCCUGGCUACAUCGGUCCCGAUCCGCCAUGCUGCGACACCGACUGUUUGGAGGAAAACAACUGCCCCAACCCGGCCUGCGAUGUUUGUCCGGAGGUGCAGCUGCCAUGCUGCAGUCCCGCCCGUCCGAAGAAGGAGCCGGAGAAGGACAAACCCAAGGAGGAGCGGAAAUCCAAACCUUAGAAGGGAUGCUACCAGACUGAUGCCUCAAGAAGGACUCGGAUUUCCGGAGUGUAUUUAUUUUCCAAUAAUAUAAUGAAAAAUAAACACAUUUAUUUAGAUCAGA